AAAGGGGGAGCCUGCGGCCGGGUGUGCGCGCGUGGGAGCGCGCCUAGGAGCGCCCCUCACACCCCCGCUCCAGGCCUGGGGCCGCUUCGGGAAGGAGGUAGUGGUAGCCGCGGGAAUGAGAGGGAGCAAGAUAAACCCUCUCAAAGUGACGCCCCAAACACUUCGGAUUUCGAAUUCGAAGCUAAAGGCUGCUAGAAAUUGAGACUCUUCGGCCUCCUCCGAACACCCCCCUCGGCCCCCGCCCCAAAGACCCGGUGGUUUGCUGGCUGCCUGCUUCCCGCCCCCGGCUCGGAGGUCUCUGGCACGCGGGCGCCCCGUCGGCCGCCGGCUUCCUCCUUCAAACCCGCCGGCGCACAUGAGGCCACUGCCCCCGCCGCAGGCGCUGGCACCCCCCUCCCGGUGCCCGUGGUGAUGCCAUGCCCCGCCACCACGCGGGAGGAGAGGAGGGCGGCGCCGCCGGGCUCUGGGUGAAGAGCAGCGCGGCGGCGGCGGCGGGCGGGGGGCGCCUGGGCAGCGGCAUGAAGGAUGUGGAGUCCGGCCGGGGCAGAGUGCUGCUGAACUCCGCGGCCGCCAGGGGCGACGGCCUGCUGCUGCUGGGCACCCGCGCGGCCGCGCUCGGCGGCGGCGGCCUGAGGGAGAGCCGCCGGGGCAAGCAGGGGGCCCGGAUGAGCCUGCUGGGGAAGCCGCUCUCCUACACUAGUAGCCAGAGCUGCCGGCGAAACGUCAAGUACCGGCGAGUGCAGAACUAUCUCUACAACGUGCUGGAAAGACCCCGGGGCUGGGCGUUCAUCUACCACGCAUUCGUUUUCCUCCUUGUCUUUGGUUGCUUGAUUUUGUCCGUGUUUUCUACCAUCCCUGAGCACACGAAAUUGGCCUCAAGUUGCCUCUUAAUUCUGGAGUUCGUGAUGAUUGUCGUCUUUGGCUUGGAGUUCAUCAUUCGAAUCUGGUCGGCAGGUUGCUGUUGUCGGUAUAGAGGAUGGCAAGGAAGACUGAGGUUUGCCCGAAAGCCCUUCUGUGUUAUAGAUACCAUUGUUCUUAUUGCUUCAAUCGCAGUUGUUUCAGCAAAAACUCAGGGUAAUAUUUUCGCCACGUCUGCACUCAGAAGUCUCCGUUUCCUACAGAUCCUCCGUAUGGUGCGAAUGGACCGGAGGGGAGGCACUUGGAAAUUACUAGGUUCGGUAGUUUAUGCACACAGCAAGGAAUUAAUCACAGCUUGGUACAUAGGAUUUUUGGUUCUUAUAUUUUCAUCUUUCCUUGUCUAUCUGGUGGAAAAGGAUGCAAAUAAGGAGUUUUCUACAUAUGCAGAUGCUCUCUGGUGGGGCACAAUUACAUUGACCACUAUUGGCUAUGGAGACAAAACUCCCCUAACUUGGCUGGGAAGAUUGCUUUCCGCGGGCUUUGCACUCCUUGGCAUUUCUUUCUUUGCACUUCCUGCCGGCAUUCUUGGCUCAGGUUUUGCAUUAAAAGUACAGGAACAGCACCGCCAGAAACACUUCGAGAAAAGAAGGAACCCAGCUGCCAACCUCAUUCAGUGUGUUUGGCGUAGUUAUGCAGCUGAUGAGAAAUCUGUUUCCAUUGCAACCUGGAAGCCACACUUGAAGGCCUUGCACACCUGCAGCCCCACCAAGAAAGAACAAGGGGAAGCAUCAAGCAGUAAGUUCUGUAGUAAUAAGCAGAAGCUCUUCAGAAUGUACACUUCACGGAAGCAGAGUUGGGGACAGUGGACACUGCGUCAGAAGCUAAGUUUUAAGGAGCGAGUGCGCAUGGCUAGCCCGAGGGGCCAGAGUAUUAAGAGCAGACAAGCUUCAGUAGGUGACAGGAGGUCCCCAAGCACCGACAUCACAGCCGAGGGCAGCCCCACCAAAGUGCAGAAGAGCUGGAGCUUCAAUGACCGCACCCGCUUCCGGCCCUCGCUACGCCUCAAAAGUUCUCAGCCAAAACCAGUGAUAGAUGCUGACACCGCACUUGGCACUGAUGAUGUAUAUGAUGAAAAAGGAUGCCAGUGUGAUGUAUCAGUCGAAGAUCUCACCCCACCACUUAAAACUGUCAUUAGAGCUAUCAGAAUUAUGAAAUUUCAUGUGGCCAAACGGAAAUUUAAGGAAACAUUACGCCCAUAUGAUGUAAAAGAUGUCAUUGAACAAUAUUCUGCUGGUCAUCUCGACAUGCUAUGUAGAAUUAAAAGCCUUCAAACACGUGUUGAUCAAAUUCUUGGAAAAGGGCAAAUCACAUCAGACAAGAAGAGCCGAGAGAAAAUAACAGCAGAACAUGAGACCACAGAUGACCUCAGUAUGCUCGGCCGCGUGGUCAAAGUUGAAAAACAGGUCCAGUCCAUUGAGUCCAAGCUGGACUGCCUGCUGGACAUCUACCAACAGGUCCUCCGGAAAGGCUCUGCCUCAGCCCUCACUUUGGCUUCAUUCCAGAUCCCAUCUUUUGAAUGUGAACAGACAUCUGAUUAUCAAAGCCCUGUGGAUAGCAAAGACCUGUCCAGUUCUGCGCAGAACAGUGGCUGCCUAACCAGAUCAGCUAGUGCCAACAUCUCGCGAGGCCUGCAGUUCAUUCUGACGCCAAAUGAAUUCAGCGCUCAGACUUUCUAUGCGCUUAGCCCUACUAUGCACAGUCAAGCAACCCAGGUGCCAAUGAGUCAAAGUGAUGGCUCCGCAGUGGCGGCCACCAGCAACAUUGCAAACCAAAUAAAUGCGGCACCCAAGCCAGCAGCUCCAACAACUUUACAGAUCCCGCCUCCUCUCCCAGCCAUCAAGCAUCUGACCAGGCCAGAGACUCUGCACCCAAACCCCGCAGGCUUACAGGAAAGCAUUGCUGACGUCACCACCUGCCUUGUUGCCUCCAAGGAAAAUGUUCAGGUUGCACAGUCAAAUCUGACAAAGGACCGUUCCCUGCGGAAAAGCUUUGACAUGGGAGGAGAAACUCUGUUGUCCGUCCGUCCCAUGGUGCCCAAGGACUUGGGCAAAUCUUUGUCUGUACAAAACCUGAUUAGGUCGACAGAGGAACUGAAUUUACAGCUUUCAGGGAGUGAGUCAAGUGGCUCCAGAGGCAGCCAAGAUUUUUACCCCAAGUGGAGGGAAUCCAAAUUGUUUAUAACUGAUGAAGAGGUGGGUCCCGAAGAGGUAGAGACAGACACUUUCGAUGCCACCCCGCAGCCAGCCAGGGAAGCUGCUUUUGCAUCAGACUCUCUAAGGACUGGAAGAUCCCGAUCAUCUCAGAGCAUUUGUAAGGCAGGAGAAAGUACAGACGCCCUCAGCUUGCCUCAUGUCAAACUGAAAUAAGCUCUUUGUUUUCUUUCUAGGCAUAGCAGUUCCUUUAGCCAUACAUAUCAUUGCAUGAACUCUUUUGAAAGCCCUCCUAAAAAGUUGAAAUUGCAAGAAUCAGGAAGAACAUGAAAGGCAGUUUAUAAGCCCGUUAUCUUUUAAUUGCAUGAAAAUGCAUGUUUAGGGACGGCUGAAAUUCCGAGGUGCAUCGACAUUAACCCACUCAUUUAGUAAUGUACCUUGAGUUUAAAAAUCAUCAGAAACCAAACACUGCUAAUGCUAUGGGGUAUAUGAAAACGUCAAGAUUAGGUGAUUUAGAAGUUUCAACACUGUACUUUGAAAUUGUGGAAGAAAACACUUUCAAAUUUCAGGCAUUUCUGCUUUGUAACUAAAUACGAAAUACAUUUUCAAAAUUAGGCCAUAAUGUGUAUUUAAACAUAAUGGCUCUCAAUAGCUGCUAACAAGGUAUCAAGUAAAACAGAAUUUGGGAAUAACAGAAAUGGCUGCUUAUUUCAAGAUAUAUUUGCCAACCCAUUUCUAUUCAGUCAUUUUAUUAUUAAUGUAAUUUGAGUGUCAGUUUGUACGCUUUUGGUGAUUUAGCGCUGUGGCAAGCAAUUUUGCACAUCAUUUUCAUGUUGUUCUUUAUGACAAGAAUGUUUUUCAUUUAGAAAAUUUGCAAAUAAUGAAAUUCAGGACCAGCAGGGCAAAUAGACUCACUAUCUGACAUAUUUGACUUUAUGGAAACAUAUUCCCUGAUGGCAGAUUCAACUCUAAAUGAGUGGUCAGCUUCUAUACACAUGCAUGAAACACUGAUGAGUAGAAUAGCCAGUGUGACUGGGCAUCUCUGCAAUGGCACCAACCCCAGGUUUGCCAAUCCUGGCCACAUGAAGGGCAAGUGUGAGGAGCUAUUGCUAUUUAGCCAACACACAGGUGGGACCCUGGGGAGGGGGACAGUUAAGUGGAACUGAGAGAAAAAAAAAAUGCUUAAAAAGAAGCCAGAAAUAACACCAGGAAGUAGACAAUGUUCAGAAAAUUACUUCUCCCUUAAAAGGCAGUGAGAGGGAAGGAGAGAAACAAACCAAAAUAAAAGAAAUCAAUUUUUUGGAUAAUGAGUAUUGCUAGGGAAUUCAACUGCCUAAGCAUCCCUUAUUCUUAUAUAGAAACAGAGAAUUUUGCAAGUUAUUUAUUUUUUAAUAUACCCUGAAUGUCUUUUGCUAUUAUGUCUUACAUUUUUGCAUAUGAAAGGCUAAAACUAAAGGUUCCUUUACUUUUUAUACUGUAGUAAACACUUUAUAUUGUCCCUGAGAAUGUUGUCCCAAAUCUAAAAUUACCAGUUUGGUUUCCUUGUAUAAACAUUCACAAUUAAGAAGCCAGAUAGCACUGCAGGGUCCGCUAAUCACCACACUUAAUAAUAUAUCAGUGCAGCAAAAAGAUCAGGGAAAGGAAAAUUAAAAUGCAUUUAGCAGAAAGUGAAAAAUGGCCAGGUGCUGUGACGCACUGUAUUCUCAGCAACUCAAGAGGCCGAGGCAGGAGGGUCGAAAGUUCCAGGUCAGCCUCAGCAAUUUAUUGUGGCCCUAAGCACCUUAGUGAGACCCUGUUUCAAUAUAAAAAAAAAAAAGAAUUAAAAUAACUAGAGAUGAGGCUCAAUUGUAAAGUGCCUCUGGGUUCAAUUCCCAGUACAAAAAAAAAAAAAAAAAGAAAGAAAGAAAGAAAUGCAGACUGGUUUUUAGAAACCUAGCUCUCUCAGAUGAUCAGAACCUGGGCCACAGACAAAGAGAGGUAAAAGAACAUUUCAAAUCAAUUAAACUCAAGAAAGGAAAGGAAGAGUUUUUCCCUUGGCAAACCUCUGAGCUGCCUCCAGGCAAACUUUUCCAGCAGCCAGGGAAAAUGACCAGGAAUAGUAACUGGCCAUUCAAAGAAAAGAGGCCCUGAAAUCCAGCAAUCCUUCCCAAGUCGCCCCUAACAGAAGCUUCUCUAUCACUGACUAUCUUUUCUUCUUCCUGGAUUGCUUAUUUAUUCCUACCACUAUUUUGCUUUGAAAUUUCACUAGGCCUUACCCAGCACCCAUCCCCAACUAAACCAGUUCUGCUCUCUACCUAAAAAUGCUUUUCAACAUUUUUAAAAUUUUUGUCCCUUUUGAUAAACACUGAAAUUUUAAAAGCUUCCUCUUCUCACCCCACUUGGAUCCUAAUACAAUCCCUUGGAGUGUAUCAUUCAGAACCUUCUUGGCUACUGGAGAUACACAGAAGAUAGAAUCUAAAUUUUACACUCCAGUUAAAAAUAUUUUGUCAAGCUUUGAAGGUUAUUAUUUUCAUUUGCCAAACAUAGAAUGUUAGUCAAUUAUUAAAUGCAAAUUUUCAUCUACCCUUGUCUCUACUCAACCUGAAGUUCUGACAUAUCUUCCCAAGGACAUUGCACACACACACACCCAUCCACAGACCUAAAGCCAGACACCUGCCCUGUACUCAGCAGGUUCUCUCCAAAUAUUAGCAGAGGAAGAAGAGGUAGGCAGCGCCUUUCAGGUAGCACUGAUUCUUGGACAUACUCUGUCCCAGGUUGAACCCCACUGGCAGCAGGAAUUCUGAAUGUAUCAGGGACCCCUUCUUAGGCCUUCUUAGGCCUCGAACACAGAACAGUUGAUCCAGCAUUGCUAAAGACUGAAGAUUCAGAAACAAUGCCUAAACACAUCACUGAGGUCUUAAUCAUAGCAAAAUAUGAUAAAUUAUAUUGUGGAAAACUUUUAUGCAUCUAAGCCAUGACCAUCUUACUCUCGCACAAAGAAAAAAUCUCUUGGAUGUUAAGAUAGUUGUAUAAUGUGAAAACUGUAGAUUGUCUGUUGUGUCACUCUAUGGAAAUGAGAGGGGUCUCCCAUUUACACUUAGCAAAACCCCAUUGGUCAAUCCCAAAUGGUGUCUUGAAGCACAAUUUUGCUGAGUACUGAGUAGCCACAAGCUUUCUCAGUUCAGGUUUGUCUGCCUUCUUCAACAUGUAGGCUUGAUCAAGCUAAUAAUUAAUUGCAAAUAUCCCAUGUAUGAGGUUAAUUAAAAAUUUUUGCUGUGUCUUCUCUAAAUGUUUGCAUUUUGUUCAAUUAAAUUGAUACCUGUAGAUUGCAAGUUUUGUUUAAAGUAAGAAACUUUCCUCAGUUUUUAAGUCCUUAUCUCUUAUUCUAAGGUGCCUUUCUCACCUCCCACAGACUCAGUGAUUUCGAAAGUUCUUAAUUUGAAAGUCAAACAAGCCUAAUAAUGAGAAGGAAAUCAGGCACUAAGUGAUUAAGUCUCCUACCCAUGUGCAAAGCAAACUGCAAAGAAUGAAGAAACCUGGGCGACUAAAUAUAUGGAUCAUUUCAUUCAAUCACAUUGAGGAAAUAUUGCAGAUAUUAACUUAACUCCCCAGAAGCUGAUAUUUUUUGCCUUAAAUGACAUGGUUGUGUUUUUGUAAGAGAAACUUAAUAUAAUUAUGUGCAUUUAAGUGAGCAAUUCUAAAAGUCAUGUACGACAAUGCAAUUGUCUGUUUCCUGAAAACAAAUAAAUCAGGAAUAUGGUAUCCAUUUCAAGCUAUCAUUAAAAUGUAAUUUCCUUUGC